AUGACGGGAAGAGCUAGAGCCAGAGCAAGAGGAAGACCUCCAGGACAGGAGACUGCUAUUCCUCCUGUAGGAGCUGCUUCUGUUCAGCAGGCUGUGCCACGUCAGCCACCCGGCCGUCAGCAGCCUCAGCAGCCACCUGUUCCUCCAUCGGUAUCGGAAGAACCUGGUGGCCGUGGGCGACAGAGGGACCUCCCGCGUGUUCCACAAGGCCAGCAUGGGAGAAGCCCAGGAAUACAGAUUUCGGUGGGAUUUCAGGAAUUGUCUUUAGCAGAUAGGGGUGGACGUCGCAGAGAUUUCCAUGACCUUGGGGUAAAUACUCGGCAAGCCAUAGAACAUGUUCAAGAAUCAAAAACUGGUUCUUCAGGUAGUAUGAUAAAAUUAACUGCAAAUUACUUUCGUUUGACAUCUCGACCCCAGUGGGCUUUAUAUCAGUACCAUGUUGCCUAUAAUCCCGAGAUGGAAGCACGCCGUCUUCGAUCAGCUUUGCUCUUUCAGCAUGAAGAGCUAAUUGGAAAGACACGUGCAUUUGAUGGAUCGAUACUGUUCUUGCCAAAAAAAUUAGGGAAUAAGGUUACUGAAGUGACUAGCAGGACUCGAAAUGGAGAGGAUGUGAAGAUAACAAUUACGCUGACUAAUGAGUUGCCACCUACUUCACCUACAUGUCUGCAAUUUUACAACAUCAUUUUUAGAAGGCUUUUGAAGAUGUUGAAUUUGCAGCAGAUUGGACGUAAUUAUUACAACCCCAGUGACCCAAUCAACAUCCCUAAUCACAGGUUGAUGGUUUGGCCGGGCUUCACAACUUCUAUCCUCCAGUAUGAGGAAAGCAUUAUGUUAUGUACAGAUGUGAGCUAUAAGGUUCUUCGCAGUGAAACAGUGCUGGAUUUCAUGUACAGUCUGUAUUACCAGGUUGGAGAGGAAAGAUUUAGAGAUACCUGUGCUAAAGAGCUGAUAGGUUUAAUUGUUCUUACAAAGUACAAUAACAAAACAUACAGAGUUGAUGACAUAGACUGGGAUGCCAAUCCACAGUGUACCUUUAGAAAAGCAGAUGGUUCUGAGAUCAGCUACGUGGACUACUACAAAAGGCAAUAUAAUCAAGAAAUUACUGACUUGAACCAGCCUGUCUUGAUCAGUCAGUCUAAGAGGAAGAGGGGAGAUGUGGUGCUAGGACCUGCGGUUCUAAUUCCAGAGCUGUGUUUCCUAACAGGAUUAACUGAAAAGAUGCGUAGCGAUUUUAAUAUGAUGAAAGACUUGGCUAUUCAUACACGGCUCCCGCCUGAACAGAGGCACUGUGAAGUUAGAAGACUUAGUGACUACAUCCAGAAAGAUGAGAAUGUUCAGAAGGAACUCCGAGACUGGGGUUUAAGCUUUGAUUCUAAGUUACUAUCCCUCACAGGAAGAGUAGUUCAAGGAGAAAAGAUUCUUCAGUCAGGAAAUGCGUUUGACUACAAUCCUCAGAUUGCUGAUUGGUCAAAAGAAACCAGGGGAACUCCCUUAAUCUGUGCAAAGCCUCUGGACAACUGGUUAUUGUUAUACACACGGCGCAACUAUGAUAUUGCUAAUACAUUAGUUCAAAAUCUGUUUAAAGUCACACCAUCUAUGGGGAUCAGGAUGAACAAGGCAACCAUGAUUGAAGUAGAUGAUAGAACAGAAGCUUAUUUAAAGGGUUUACAGCAAAGUGUUACUCCUGACACAAACAUAGUAGUUUGUCUUUUGUCUAGUACCCGAAAGGAUAAAUAUGAUGCAAUCAAGAAAUACUUAUGUACAGAUUGUCCCGUUCCAAGUCAGUGUGUGAUUGCUCGCACUUUAAGCAAGCCUCAGACUACUCUGGCUAUAGCAACAAAAAUUGCUCUACAAAUGAACUGUAAAAUGGGUGGAGAACUUUGGAGUGUUGAGAUCCCACUGAAACAGGUAAUGAUUGUGGGAAUUGAUUGUUACCAUGACACUCUAUCUGGAAAGCAGUCAAUUGCAGGAUUUGUCUCUAGCCUGAAUCAAACGAUGACAAGGUGGUUCUCCCGCUGUGCUGUUCAAGGUCGUGGGCAAGAACUUGUGGACGGGCUCAAAGCCUGCUUGCAAACUGCUCUAAGAGAAUGGUUCAAGUGGAAUAAGUAUUUGCCCUCUCGUAUUAUUGUGUAUCGUGAUGGUGUAGGAGAUGGACAACUAAAUACACUGGUUAAUUAUGAAGUGCCUCAAUUUCUGGAUUGCUUGAAGAGUGUUGGUAAAGACUACAAUCCAAGACUUACUGUGAUAGUUGUGAAGAAACGAGUGAGCACCAGAUUCUUUGCACAGUGUGGAGGAACACUUAAAAACCCACCCCCUGGUACUGUUGUUGAUGUGGAGGUGACCAGACCAGAGUGGUACGAUUUCUAUAUUGUGAGUCAGGCGGUGAGAACUGGUUGUGUUGCACCCACUCAUUAUAAUGUAAUUUAUGACACUAGCAAACUGAAGCCUGAUCAUGUGCAACGUUUAACCUACAAACUUUGCCACAUGUACUAUAACUGGUCGGGUGUUAUCAGAGUACCUGCUCCUUGCCAGUAUGCUCACAAACUGGCUUUCCUUGUCGGCCAGAGCAUUCACAGGGAACCAAACCUGGUGCUUUCAGACAGACUUUACUAUCUUUGAAGUUGAGUUACCAGCUAAGAAGAACGGUGUAGUUCCUUUCUAGGGAAUGUCGAAUUGUGUGGGG